CACCUCUCGAUCUUCUUCUCAGUUGCUCGCUCGGCUCAGGCGUUGAGACACCAAAGGAAACUGUGCUAAGGGACAGGGAGACGCACCAGGAACCACCAAGAACUGGUUCAAAGGACUGGCUGAAUAAAUAUUCGGCGAAGGUUCCUGCUCUCCUUUGCGAAGCAAGCGCCCUCCCGCCAACUGGGGUUGAUCGCACCAUUAGGCACACUUCGAGAGCAGAGCACACUCUGUUUGUCCUUCUCUUCAACUAAGAGAAGCAGGCCACCCAAGCUUUCGACGUCACUUCCUGCAACAGGCAGUCAGGCUAGGUCUUAUCCUACCGAGCCCUGUAUCGACCUCGAAAAGUCGUUUAUUUUCCUUUCUGCCCUUGCGACGAACCAGCAGUGGCGUCUGGUAGGACUUUUGCUCCUGCCAUGACGACACCCUCCGUCACACUUACCUCGCCCACGGGCGCAAGCGCAGAGCUGGCCGCCAAUCGCAUCCUCCACUCUCGCGAUUCGACCGGUGGCUCCUCUUCCUCGGUCGCCACGGGCUCCAGGACGGCGCCGCUCAUGACGAGCGACAACAAACGAGCUGGGCAUCGCAAGCGGAGCAGCUCACUCGUCACUGUCGAAAAGAUUGAGCAGAGCCACGAGGAGCUGUUAGACCAGAGCGCUGGCUUCAAUGCCAAUGCUGAUUGGGUCAACUAUAAGGGUGCAUGGGUCAUCCACGUCGUCUUGAUCCUCCUGGGCAAGAUUCUGGUUGAUGUGAUCCCGGGAAUGGAGCAGGACACGAGUUGGACCAUUGUCAACCUGGGCUACAUGGCGAUCUCAUUCCUCAUGUUCCACUACGUUACGGGAACACCUUUCGAGUCAAACGCUGGCGUGUAUGACGAGCUGACUUUAUGGGAGCAAAUCGACGAGGGCGCACAAUACACGCCAGCCAAGAAGUGGCUCACCAGCGUUCCCAUUGGGCUCUUCCUUGUGUCGACACACUACACGAGGUACAAUCCGUGGCUCUUUGCCCUCAAUUUCUUUGCCCUCCUCUUUGUCCUCUUCCCUAAACUUCCGAUCCUCCACCGGCUUCGAUUCAAGGUUACAGCCCCUGGCACGUCUUAUCCGCCCACACCAACACAUUCGCGCCCUUCUUCGGCUGCUGGUUUCCGUUGAUGUGGCGGCGCCUCUCUAAGCGCUUGGUGUCAUGCUUGUCUCUCUCUCUCUCUCCUCUCUCUUCACUUGUGUAGAUGCCUCUCGAGAGCUUCUGCCUCGCGAACGAUUGUCUUUUCCCAGACUCGCUCCCCACCGGUCUCCCC